CAGUGGAGGAUGACUGGGGUGACCGCAGACCACGACCCCCUACGGCAGCCACCGAACAACAACUCUCCUCCAGCACAUGAAACAGACCACCACAGAUGUCAGAGCAGUCGACACUAAGACUCACACGCCCAGCUUCACCCAGCGCCCCCUGUGUGUGGAACGGGGCUGAGGGGCUUGAGGGACGGAGGGAACGUGGCCGCAGGGGUCUCGACAGAUGUGGGGGCCCGGGUGGAGAGCUCCGGGGCUUGCCCGACGGGGCUGUGUCCUCAGGUGGCUGGGACUAAAGGUGUGUCGUAGGAGCACGCUGCUUUUCGCCCUGCUCUGGUUCGGCUGCUGGCUCGUGCUUAACGGAAUGGUGUUUGUACACAGAAGCAUAUUCUCUGACUUCUGCACCGACGACAAGAGCAAAAGAAUUCUCCAGAGAGUGUGUGAGGAAUACCAGGAGGGCGUGCUGACAGGAGACCUGUGUGAGGACCUGUGCAUAAGAGGAGAGGUGGAGUACAAGCGUUGCCUCUACUAUGAGAACGGCAAAAAAGUCAUGGCAGCUGACUGGAGAGGGGUGCCAGUGGUACUCAAAUCCAAACUGGAGAACUUCUCCUCCUAUGAGGCCCUGGCUCUGCUAGAGUACCAGGACACAGCUGGAGGCCCGGGGCUGGAUGAGGAGCUCUCUCCCCUGGAUGUGGUGUUUUACGCCACCUUGGAGAUCAAGAACUCACUGGGUCUGGAGACUGGGACCAAUAUAACGCUCCCACGGCUGUGGGGCCAGCGACUCAGAGAGAAAGAGAGGACGUAUUCCCGUGCUGAACUGGCCUCACUCUGGGCCCUGCUUCAGCAGGAGGAGUAUACUUUUCUCAGGGUGCUCCAGGACUUGACACACCACGUGGCUAAAGUUCUGGGCUCCUGCGGGCACUUUUAUGCAGUGGAAUACCUGGCUGCUGGCCAUGCCUGGGAUCAGAACAUCUUCUCGUUGGAGGAGCUGUCGGUAAACCCGUCUCCGAGAGCCUGGGGCGGGAACGGGAGGACAUGGGAGGAAAGAGACAUGGUGCCACGGGUGGCGCUCAGCUUUCUGGAGAUGGUGGGACAUUUCGAACAUGACUUUUCUCAUCACCUGCACCUCUGUGACAUCAAGCCAGAGAAUUUUGCCAUUAGGAAUGACUUUACAGUAGUGGCCAUAGAUGUGGACAUGGCUUUCUUUGAGCCCAAAAUGCAGGAGAUACUUGAGCAGAACUGCACUACUGACAGUGACUGCAACUUUUUUGACUGCGUCUCCAAGUGUGACUUGAAGAGGAAAAAAUGCGGAUCGAAACGGAAAAAUAGUAACUUACAGGUGAUCUGUGAGAAGAUCUUCAGACCCUGGUUCUCUCCCACGCUCCUGGGUGCUAAAGCAGGGCUCCCUCUACAGGUGGAGCUCCAGCGUGCCGUGCAGGAGUGUAUCGAGACGGAGGGAGGAGAGGACGUGGAGCAUGGCCGGGCAGUGAGACAGCGGCUCUUGGGACUCCUCAAACAGCUCAUUGAGGAGGAGAGCAGGAAACAGCAGAAGUCUGCUCCACAGGAGACUCAACAUGUCCACACGGCUCUGAACUUUUGA